UGGAAGAUGUACCACAACUUUGGUUCCAUGUCCACUCACUCAGAUUACUUGCCACUCAUGGGGGAUAACAGCAGUGACAUGACCGUCAAUGGCUCUUCCGUUGAUAUCCAGCACAAGCUGCUGCAACCGCCGUGCUUCGACCUCCCCAGUAACUGCACGGCAGCUGCGGCCGACGUGUUCUUCGCGGAGUUGCCGCCGGUGAUGGACACGUUCUGUCACCACCACCCGGUUCAUUAUGAUGCGCUGAUUAACCAGGCGCCGUAUGUGUUGGGGGACCUGCAUGGAGAGCAGCAGCUGCUGGAGAACAGGGCGAGGCAUCAGGUGUGGGGGAUGAAGCAGGGCGGGCAGAAGAAUGAGAAGCAAAGGAGAGAGAGGCUCGGGAAGAAGUUUGAGGACCUCAAAUCUCUCAUUCCAACCUCCACCAAGCCUUACAGGGCGUCGAUUGUGGCGGACACGAUCGAGUACAUCAACGAGCUGCUGAGGACGGUGGAGGAGCUGAAGAUGCUGGCGGAGAAGAAGCGGAAGAGGGGGGAGAAAAUGGCGGCGGCGGCGGCGGUCGGUGACGUGGAGGGCUGCUCCUCGCUGGUGGUGGCGCCGCCGCUGCUCGACGGGGGACCGAGAAACGGGAUACUCCGGUGCUCGUGGAUACAGAGGAGGUCCAAGGAGACGCUCGUGGACGUGCGCAUCGUGGACGACGAGGUCAACAUCAAGGUGACUCGCCGGAGGAGGGCGAAUUGCUUGCUCGCCGUCGCCAAGGCACUCGAUGAGCUCCGCCUCGAGUUGAUGCAUUUGUCCGGCGGAAAUGUCGGAGGAUCUCACGUCUUCGUUCUCAACGCCAAGAUUCAUGAAGGCUCUUCGAUCUACGCGAGUGCGAUCGUGGAGAAGCUUAUUGAAGUUACGGACGCUGUUUAAGAAGUGGAGAGAUUAAUUAGAGUAUAUUGAAGGUAAUCAAAGAAUAAUGAUCUAUUUAUGUUACAGUAGUUAAGAUAGUUCUUGUAGCAGGGUUGGACUUGAUUAUAUUGUAAUCUUACUAAUUAUGAGAAUCAUAAA